AUGCUCAGGACCCUUGUGCGGGCGCUGCUGGUUCUGGUCACCACCGUGGGCCCGAGCCAGGCCAGUGGCUUCACAGAAAAAGGCCUCUCCCUGCUGAGCUACCAGCUGUGCAACUACAGUGUGAGCCAGAAUGUCCAGAGCGUGGAGGCAGCGCACACGUCCCGCCUGACCUACGUUCCCUGCGGCUGGUGGGUCCCCUGGCGGCGCUGCCCCAAGACCGUCUACCGGACCCAGUACGUGGUGGUGGAGGUUCCUAAGCGGAGGAACGUGACCGACUGCUGCGAGGGCUACGAGCAGCUGGGCCUCUACUGCGUCCUGCCCCUGAAUCGGUCUGAGGAGUUCGCAUCCAGACCCGGGAUCUGCCCGGUGGUGAGGCCAGAAGCGUCUACCUCACCAUGCACCCUGGAUGCGGACUGUCCUGGUCUUCAGAAGUGCUGCCCCUCGUCAGGGGGCCCCCGCUGCUCGGCCCCCGCUCCCCGAGCUCCAGAGAGGAAGCUGGCGAGUUUCUGGUACAACGUGACCGUCCUGGUGAAGAUGGACUUCAAGGAGCUCCAGCAGGUGGACCCCAGGCUCCUGGAUCACAUGAGGCUCCUGCACUCCAUGGUCACCAGUGCCCUGCAGCCACUGGACGCCACUGUCCACCACUUGCACUCGGCCGGGGGGGACACCUCGAUCACGGUGUCCCGGCUGCUGCUGGGUCUGCCGCAGCCGGAGCCUGUGGCCCGCAUCUCCGCGGUGCUGGACGGCGUGGUGAAACGCGUCUAUGAAGUGAUUGGCAUCCGGGUGCAAGACGUAGAUGAAUGUUCCUAUGACGAACUCAACGCCUGCCCUGGGAGGGGACGGUGUCUAAACAUGGAGGGCUCGUACCAGUGCCUCGGUCACCCGGAGUCGCCCACCUCGUCUCCCCAGAAGCUGGAUGGCACCUGUGAAGACUGCCCUCCCAUCAGAGACCUCGUGAUCCUCAACGUCACCAGCAGCAGCUUUCAAGUGUCUUGGAGUUUAAAUUCCACCCAGAACUGCACUUUCCAGGUGCAGGUUUACCAGGGUGAGGAGAUGCUCAGGAACGCCAGCACCCGGGGGACGAGCCUGGAGGUGGCCGGGCUGGAGGCCGGAGUGCUGUAUGGGGUGAGGACCAGCUACCAGGCGUGCUGGGCCAACGUCACCACCACGGUCACUGUCAGGACCGAGGCCCGGGUGUUCGAAGUCAAAGUCAGGAUCCUAAACCGCAACGUGACAGAGGGGCUGCUGGACCCUGGGAGCCCCGAGUUCCAGAACUUCUCCCAGCAGCUGCUGCACGAGGUUGCAACCUCCUUUCCGCCGGCGCUUUCUGACUUGUACCGAAGAGGGAAGCUGAGGAUGCAGGUCGUGUCUCUCCGGGCCGGAAGCGUGGUGGUGAGGCUCAGACUGACGGUGCAGGACCCCGAGUUCCCGGUGGGCGUGUCCACGCUGUCCCCCAUGCUCCCGCCUCUGUGGGCGAACACCGUGUUCCAGGUGGACCAGUGGGAGACGCUUGUGCAAGACUGGGACGAGUGCGCAGACAGCCUGGAGCACGACUGCUCGCCGGCAGCCCAGUGCAUCAACCUCGAGGGCUCGUACACCUGCCGGUGCCGGACGGCCAGGGAUGCCCACCCCUCCAGACCGGGCCGGGCCUGCGACGGUGACGCGGUGAGCCCCACGGGUGGUGCGCCAUCUCCGGUGACAGGCGAAACAGCCCCAGGUCCCAGCACAGAAAAAACAGCCCUCGGCCUGGAGACCCCCGCCUUGUCACCCAGCCCUGGAUACCCGUGGGGCACCACUGCAGCAGGCCAGGCCUGGACCCCAGGGCUCCCACCCAGGAGAGGGGUCAGCGGCAUGCUCGGUCAUGGCAGGAACAGCACUGGGCAAGCCGUGGAGGAGGAGGCCAACUCCCUUGGAUGGUUGCCCCCAAACUCCACCAUGGAGCCGCCCUUCCGGCCCGCUCCUACCCAGGGCCCCAUGGACCACAUUGACUGGCACGCCAGCCUCCCCACGAGGGACACACCGCCAGUAUCUCUGGACCCCGCAUGGCCACAAAACUCAGACCCUGGACCCUCCGGCUCCCCAGACCUGCCCUCGGCCACCACGCCUGCAUCUCUGAAGACCCCAGCCUGCGCUCCCAUGCCCAUCAGAAGGGUCAUCGUCUCCAAUGUGACCAGCACGGGCUUUCACGUGGCAUGGGUGGCGGAUCUCACCCUGCGCCCCACUUUCCAGCUCACCCUGAUUUCUGCGCGGACCCCCACUGUGCACCUGGAGACCCGGAACGCAAACCUGACACUGUCUGGCCUAGAGCCUGGCGUUUUGUACCUGGUGGAGAUUGUGGCCAAAGCAUGUGGAAAAGAAAGUGCCAGAGCCCGCCUGAAAGUGAGGACAGCGGCCCAGAAGCUCAGUGGAAAAGUCAGAAUAGCAAACGUCAAGUAUUUAGAAUCCUUCCGCAACGCAAGCAGCAAGGAGUACCAGGCCUUCCUAGAGCUAUUCUUUAGGAUGGUGCGGAAUUCCUUGCCAGCCUCCAUGCUUCAGCACCUGGACACAGGUGAGGUGCAGGUGGAAGUGACCCGCAUCUACAGCGGCAGCGUCGUGGUGGAGUUCAACUUGCUGGUCAUCGCAGACAUGGAUGUCCGGGAGGUGUCUGCCACGUUCCUGGCCGCCUUUCAGAAUGCCCCUCUGCUGGAGGUGGUCGGAGGCGACCCCUUCAUAGUGGAUUACGAUGAGUGUGAUAGCGGGGAGGACGACUGCGCCCCGGGCUCCUCCUGCCGCAACAGCCUGGGCUCCUUCACCUGCAGCUGCGAGGGAGGCACCCCCGACCUCCCCGUGGAAUAUUCUGGAAGACCCUGCGAAGGCGACUCUCCCGGCAACAUAUCCCAGACCCCCGGCCCAGAGCAGCCCCCUACCCCAGCAGGACCUGGGGCUGCCUCUGUGCAGGGUGCCCGCCCAGCCCCCCAGGGCCUGUCCCCGCGGCUGAACCUGACCGGGGCCGUCAGGGUGCUCUGUGAGAUCGAGAAGGUGGCCAUCGCCAUCCAGAAGCGCUUCCUGAAGCAGGAGUCCAUCCCUGAAUCAUCCCUGUACCUGGGACACCCGUCCUGCAAUGUCAGCGACCACAACAGCACACAUGUGAUCCUGGUGGCCGCGUGGGGCGAGUGCGGAACCGUCGUGCAGAGUAACAUGACAAAUACGGUGGUGAGGACCACGCUGAGGAACGACCUGUCCCCAGAGGGCAUCAUCCAUCACCUGAAGAUCCUGAGCCCCAUCCACUGUGCCUUCCAGAAUGACCUCCUGACGUCAUCGGGCUACACCCCAGAGUGGGGGGUUUACACCGUCAUCGAGGACCUCCAUGGCGCUGGAAGUUUUGUCACUGAAAUGCAGUUAUUUAUUGGAGACUCUCCUAUUCCUCAAAAUUAUACCGUGUCUGCCAGUGAUGACAUCAAGAUUGAAGUAGGGCUCUAUAAACAGAAAAGCAACCUCACGGUGGUCCUGACCGAGUGCUGGGCAACGCCAUCCAGCAAUGCCAGGGACCCGGUCAUGUUUGGCUUCAUUAACAACAGCUGCCCUAUCCCCAAUACACACACGAAUGUGAUUGAGAACGGGAACUCCAGCAAGGCCCAGUUUAAGCUGAAAAUCUUUUCCUUCAUCAACAACUCCGUAGUCUAUCUGCACUGCAAACUCCGCAUCUGCAUGGAAUCCCCUGGAACCACGUGCAAAAUCAACUGCGAUGACUUUCGGUCGCUGAGAAAUGGUGAGCCCUCUGCAACGCACCAGAUGUCCUGGGGACCCCUGAUUCGGUCCGAAGGAGAACCUCCAGCUGCAAAGCCGGGCCUGGGAGCCGGUUACCUGGUCCUCAUCCUGGUGGCCGCCUUUGCCUUGGUGGCGGGUUCAGCUGCCCUUCUCAUCAUGCGCUACCAGAGAAUGACCGGAAAAUACAACUUCAAAACCCAGUCCGACAACUUCAGCUACCAGGUGUUCCACGAAUAA